AGAAGUUCUGUACACUGCAUGUAACAUUUAGCGGCGUCUAAGUCGUUGCAAGGAAUCGAAGCUCCACACACAUAUCAUCGUCUGCACUCCUCGACAUGUGUUUGUUGUUUUCGUGAUGACAAGAUGAGAGGAAAGUGUAUAUAGAUCGGGCGGAUCUGGGAUUAAGAACAUAAGGAAAAUAUGAACACUUGUUGUUCUUAAGCCACAGUCUACAUCAAGCAAGAAUAAUUUUCAAGAAUUGUUGAUAUCAAUGGCAAAACAUUUGAUAAGGUCGACAGCCUGGCACAGAAAAUGUCUUUAUCAAAUAAACUUGAGAAAUAGCCAUGAAACAACCAUCGACCUCCUUUAUCCAAAUUCCUCAAAACUGCAGGAUAAUUCAGUAUUACAUGUGAGGAGGAGACCAAUGUGUACAUCGUCACUGCCUUCAAGCUGGUUCCACAAGUAUCAGAUAGUACAGAAGAGUGUGCUAGAUGGUGACACUGACAUUGAAUGUACUGUGAGUGUUAUUGACACCCACCGUGGAGCCACAGACAAGCCGAUUGUGUUUGGGGUCCAUGGACUGCCGGGCCAGGGGGAUGACUUUGAGCCACUCAUCUCUCGGCUACAUGAGAGAGGAGUCCGUGUUGUCGCACCAACAUUUCCAGGUUUUGAAGGAAGCCUACUUGAAACAUGGCAGCUGAAUCACUUUGACUUUACAACUCAAGGAAGAGCACGCGUCGUCAAAACUCUAUUAGACACUAUGGAUAUCCACAGAGUUGACAUGCUGUUGAGCCACAGUGCUGGAGCCUGGGUGAGCUACAAGGUCCUGGCUGAGUGGGACAUGUUCAAAUCUGCUGGCCUCCUGAGUCCGGUUGGAGCAAGACCACACAGAGUUAUCCGUCCACACUUCAUCAUUAAGGUCUUGUCUGCACUGCUUCGUGUUGAAGCUGGGCAUCCUGUUGCUCUGCCUUUGUUAAGUAGAAUCUACAACAGUGUGGGGUUUUCUGGAAUUAAGACAGGAACACAUUUAGUUGCAGCCCAGCAUAUGGUAGCAGGGCCUCAGUUUCACAAUGUUGCCAGCCAUGCCCAGCAGAUUAGGAGGAAGAAGGUGCCAUUGUUUAUAGCCCACUCACUCAGUGACAAGCUUCUAGAGUGGGAGAUUCCAUUUGAGGUCAUCAGCAAGCAUCUCCACAUCCCCCAGCAGAACAUUGUACAGUAUGCUGACAACAGUGUACCAUCCAAGGAUCCUCUCCCAGCUUGUGUAGACGACUGGAUGGUGCGGGUCCUGCUGUUUGAAAGGGGAGGCCACAUUGUACAUAAACCUCACUGUGAUAUAAUAGUGGACCAAGUGCUGAGUAUACUGCAGCACCUGAACCCAGCCUCAUCAUGAUGGCCUGUUAAUCAUGUGCUGUGGAUGUAUGAUCCUUUGUUAUAGCAAUGUAUAUAUCUCAUAUUGCAAUAGUGAGUAAUCUAUUGAUAUUUAUUAGCUGAAUGGAACUGAGACAGAAAGCAGGUUUCUGACCAUCCAAGCUCCCUUUUCUCCAAAACAGCAGAAUUUGUCUGUCCUAUCAUUACAGUCAUUAUGAUGAGUUUAUAUUUUUUCUAAAUCAAAAUGGCCACCACAAUGUGUCAGUUACAGCAUUCAUGCAGACCUCUUCCUCUGUAAAGUCAUACCAGCUGACUUUCACAUGUAUAUUAACUGAAAGAAUGUUUUGAAUGAUUGAUCUAUCAACGUCUCUGUUCAAGUAUACAAAAGUAUCAAAACGUUUUCACUAAAUGUUCAGAAAACUUGAAAAAUAUCAAUGGAAACACAUUGUACUCAAUUUCAAGGUGGGGUGUGUGGGUAUUAUGGUUUCCAAAUUAUCCCAACCACACACACAGGUUUUAUGUUACUGAAUAAAGAAGAGCUUGUCUGA